AUGGGUAGCGGUGAGCACUGUGUGACGUGGGUUUCUAAAUUCGAGCGAGCCAAGAAAAAAGCAAACGAGAUCUUUCAGCUGGAUCAUUUCCCCGAGUACAUUUCUUACUUUAUUCUCGUUUACGAUUUCGAAGACAUCAAAUCCGGAGAGGAAAAAUAUCAAGCCGAGUUUGUUUUGACGCAAAGCGCUUACGAUUCUAGUAGGGAACGUUCUGCUAUUUCGGAUUAUUACUACGAGCCGUGCGCAGUUUGGAUGAAUAACAGCGAAGGACAAAAACUGAUGUUUCUAAAAUUUCCUCGUCAUAAAGGAUGGAAAAUAACUACCGCCUUUCGACGGAGAAGCUUUACUGUGAAUAUCUACAUCAAGUUUAAUUCUUUCCGUGAAAUCAACGUGUUGCUCAAACAAUUGACGGACAUUUACGCAAAUCAGUCGAACUGCGACAUCCAAUUUCUUUUUCAAGAUGGCCAGAAAAUCGGAGGCCACAUUUCCAUUUUGGCCGCCAGAAGUCCCGUAUUCGCAACAAUGAUAAACAACCAACCAACCAAAACGGACCCAGUGUUGAUCAAUGACACUCAGCUGGAUAUUUUCAAAGAGCUGCUUCACUUUAUCUACUCCGGUCGGACUAGAGUACCAUUGACUGAAACUAGUGUUUGGUCACUUUUUACGGCUGCGGAAAAAUAUAACGUCGCAAGAUUGAAGGAGGAGUGCACCCGUUUUCUGCUCAUUCAAAUACGGGCGAGCAAUGCAAUCGAUUGGUUAGUUCUGGCAGACUUUCACUCGAUACAGAGUGUCAAAGAAGCUGCUGUGAAAAUCCUAACUGCCAACUUUAAAACCAUUUUCCCGACACACGAAUGGGAGGAGUUCGCAAAGAGCUAUCCUGAUCUGUGUUUGCCAAUUACAUUGACGACGUUUGAACAAAUAAAUUCAUAA